AUGGAACCCAAAUCUGAGGUAGCCAUGGUGGAGCAUGCAAAUACUUGUAGCGAUGACAACCACGAGCACGACACACUUGCUGCUGCGGAGGAUGGCGGUAAACUCGACGCCACGGAUGAGCAGAAAGCCAUACAAGCCACCCUCUCAGAACACGAUCUGACAAUAUGGGAGGCACUCAGGCGUUAUAAGAAAGCGGCUCUUUGGUCGAUGCUCGUCUCGAUGUCGGUCAUCAUGCGUGCCUACGACAUUGAGAUUACCGGAAACUUUUACGCCUUGCCGGCGUUUAGAGACCACCUUGGCGAGCAUGUCGAUGGACAUGGGAUGGAGAUUCCCGUCCAGUGGCAGGUGGCAAUGAGUAUGGGCCCCAUCGUCGGACAAGUCGCUGGUGCAUGGCUUGCUGCUGUACCCAUGGACUCCUUGGGCCGGAAGAAGGCCUUGGCCAUUUACCUCAUCAUGACUUCCGCCCUCGUCUUCAUGCAAGUCUUUGCACCAAACCGCACCGUUCUCACCGUUUCCAUGUAUCUCGCUGGGAUCAUAUGGGGUGGCUACCACGUUCUAGCCCCUGUGUAUGCGUCAGAGGUUCUGCCCUUGCGAUUGCGUGGAAUCUUCAUCGCGUACGUCAGCUUGUGCUACGUGAUGGGCCAGUUCAUCCAGACAGGCAUCACACGAGCCUUCGUCAGCUGGAGCAGCGUAUGGGCAUACAAGAUUCCAUAUGCCCUACAAUGGGUUUGGCCUGUCUUCAUCCUCUCCUUCCUCUACUGGUGUCCUGAGUCACCGUGGUGGCUGAUUCGCCAGAACCGGCUGGACGACGCCAAGAAGGCACUCGAUCGACUUUCUAGCAAGCAGUGUCACGCCCACAACCACGAUGUGCUUGCCAUGAUGGUGAAGACCGACAUUUAUGAGAGAGAGCUCGAGGUUGGGGCUACAUUCCGGGAUUGUUUCAAGGGACCCAAUCUCCGUCGCCUCGAGAUUGCCUCUGCCGUCUUCAUCGUCCAAAACUUCUAG